AUGCUCCAGUCUACAGCAGCCAAGAGACGAUUGAUUCGAGACUUUAAGCGUCUCACUUCCGAUGCUCCUAUCGGUAUCUCUGGCAGUCCCAAUCCAGACAACAUUAUGGUAUGGAACGCAGUCAUCUUUGGUCCUCCGGACACACCAUUCGAAGACGGAUCUUUCCGCCUCACCCUCACAUUCUCCGAUUCAUACCCCAACAAACCACCCACCGUCCGCUUCAUCUCCAAAAUGUUCCAUCCCAACAUCUACGCCAACGGCGAACUGUGUCUCGAUAUCCUGCAGAACAGAUGGAGUCCGACGUACGAUGUGGCGGCAAUCUUGACGAGUGUGCAGAGUCUGUUGAAUGACCCCAACCCUGCUAGUCCUGCCAACGUCGAUGCUGCUCAGCUCUUCAAAGAGAACAUCAAAGAGUACGAACGGCGCGUCAAGAAAACCGUCGAGCUCUCGUGGUUGGACAACACCGAUGACUUGGAGGAAGCGACAGGAGGGGACGAAGACGCCUCAUGA